AGAGAGAGAGAGAGAGAGAGAGUAGCCAUGGAUGCCUCCAAUCUUCCAUAUUCGUUUUCUCCAUUUCCAUCAUCAACUGCAACUUCAAGAUAUCGUCCCAAAUGCCAUCUUCCAAUUUCUCCUGAAUUUGCAUGCAGGUUUCAGGAAUUACCGAGACUUUAUUGUACAAAGUUUAUCACUAAUCUAUCCUACUCGCUUGCCCUCUAGAAACUCCAGAAUCAAGAGGCGUGACUUACACUUCAUCAGAAAUGCAUCAGCUUCGGUACAGCCUCUCACUGAGGAUCUUGUCGAGGAGACAUCUCAAGAUCUUCCCAUGAGUGGGAAUUCCAUCCGUAGGCGAUUUCUUGAAUUCUACGCUGCAAGAGGUCACAAGAUUCUUCCAAGCUCUUCUCUUGUCCCCGACGAUCCUACUGUUUUACUGACUAUUGCUGGCAUGCUUCAGUUUAAGCCCGUUUUUCUUGGAAAGGUGCCAAGACAAGUACCAUGUGCUACUACUUCUCAAAAGUGUAUCCGUACCAACGAUAUUGAGAAUGUUGGCAGAACAUCUCGACACCAUACAUUCUUUGAGAUGCUCGGGAAUUUUAGUUUUGGUGAUUACUUCAAGAAAGAAGCAAUAAAGUGGGCCUGGGAACUCUCGACGAUAGAAUAUGGAUUGACUGCAGAGAACUUAUGGAUUAGCGUCUAUGAACAUGAUGAGGAAACAUACGCGAUAUGGCAUGAUGAGAUAGGUGUUCCUGCUAAUCGUAUAAAGAAGAUGGGUGAAGAAGACAACUUUUGGACAAGUGGCUUGACGGGUCCUUGUGGUCCGUGCUCAGAGAUCUACUAUGAUUUCCAUCCCAAUAGGGGACAUUCGGAUGCCGAUCUGAAUGAUGAUACGAGGUUUAUAGAGUUCUACAAUCUUGUCUUCAUGCAAUUCAAUAAAAAAGACGACGGUUCUUUAGAACCACUGAAACAGAAGAAUAUAGAUACGGGCAUGGGCUUAGAACGAAUGGCUCGCAUCUUACAAAAGGUUCCCAACAAUUAUGAAACUGAUUUGAUUUUCCCGAUUAUAGAAAAGGUGUCGGAAUUGGCAAAUGUCUCAUAUGCCCUUACCGAUGAUUCUUCAAGAACGAAACUGAAAGUUAUCGGUGAUCACAUGAGGGCGAUCGUUUAUCUAAUAUCAGAUGGUGUUUUUCCAUCAAAUAUCGGUCGUGGUUAUGUGGUGCGACGGCUCAUUCGGAGAGCUGUACGUACCGGAAGGUUACUCGGAAUAAGAGGAGAUGAAAAGGGUAAUAUCGAAGGGGCAUUUUUGCCAAUUGUUGCCGAAAAGGUAAUAGAUUUGAGUUCUGAAAUUGAUCCGGAUGUAAAAACAAGAAAAGCUCGUAUUCUUGAAGAGUUGAAAAGAGAAGAGUUACGUUUUGUGGUAACAUUGGAAAGAGGAGAAAAGCUUCUUGAUGAAAUGUUGGAUGAAGCUUUAGAAAAUGCGAAACUAAACAAAACCGCCCCAUGUUUAUCGGGUAAAAUUGCUUUCCUUUUAUAUGAUACAUACGGAUUUCCCGUAGAAAUAACCAUGGAAGAAGCCGAUGAACGUGGUGUUUCUAUAGACAUGAGUGAUUUCGAUGCCGAAAUGGAAAUUCAAAGGCGUCAAUCACAAGCUGCCCAUAAUACCGUUAAGCUCAUGGUCGAAAACGGCUCCGAGCUGACUGAAAACGUUCCCGAUACCGAGUUUCUCGGUUACGACACCCUUUAUUCUAAAGCAGUGAUCAAGGGUCUUCUAUUGAGUGGGAAGCCUGUAGUUGAGGUUUCUAAAGGAAGUGAAGUUGAAGUUUUACUGGACCGGACUCCCUUUUAUGCUGAAUCGGGUGGUCAAAUCGGAGACCGAGGGUUGCUAAAAGUCACUGAAACGGAAAGCAGAAAGACCGCUGUUGUAGAGAUAGCCGAUGUCCAAAAAUCCUUGGGCAACAUAUACGUUCACAAAGGUAUGAUAAAAGAAGGAACUAUUACAGUCGGUAGAGAAGUCGAAGCUGCAGUUGAUGCGAAAUUAAGGCAACGGGCUAAGGUCCAUCACACCGCUACCCAUUUGCUACAAGCUGCACUUAAGAAAGUUAUAGGAGAAGAGACGUCACAAGCUGGUUCGUUGGUGGCAUUUGAACGGCUAAGAUUUGACUUCAACUUCCAUAGACAACUUGUUGAUCACGAGUUGACGAAAAUUGAAGGUUUGGUCAAUGAAUGGAUAGGAGAAGCUACGCCUCUUGAAACUGAAGUGAUGCCAAUUGCUGACGCUAAAAAUGCCGGUGCUAUAGCAAUGUUCGGAGAAAAAUAUGGCGAAGAGGUUCGUGUUGUAAACGUACCUGGUGUAUCCAUGGAACUAUGUGGGGGCACGCAUGUUAGCAAUACUUCAGAGAUUCGUGGCUUCAAGAUAAUCUCGGAGCAAGGAAUUGCCUCAGGAAUACGACGAAUAGAAGCGGUUGCCGGUGAUGCUUUUAUCGAGUACGUCAGUGACCGAGAUAACUACAUGAAGCAGCUUUGCUCCACACUUAAAGUAAAAGCUGAAGAAGUACCGUCUAGGGUGGCGGCAGUUAUGGAAGAACUCCGAAUGGCAAAAAACGAAGUUUCAGCCGCCCGCGCAAAAACCGCAGUUUACAAAGCAUCGGUUAUUGCAAACAACGUGUUUCAUGUUGGAACCUCGACACAAAUCAGGGUGCUCGUUGAAUUCAUGGAUGAUACGGAUGCAGAUUCGCUCAAAAGCGCUGCCGAAUAUCUCGUUGACGCUUUAGGAGAUCCAUCGGCAAUAAUCUUGGGCUCGAGUCCAGGUGAAGAGAAAGUGAGUUUAGUUGCUGCAUUCAGUCCUUCUGUAGUUAGUAUGGGAAUACAAGCGGGGAAGUUCAUAGGGCCGAUAGCGAAAAUGUGUGGCGGCGGUGGUGGCGGCCGCGCAAAUUUCGCUCAGGCUGGUGGAAGGAAGCCGGAGAAUUUGUCGAGCGCGCUCGAGAAAGCACGGACUGAUCUUGUUUCUGCUUUAUCUGAAAAAGCAAGCUAAUUGUACACCAAAAUUCUUGAAAUGAUAUGAGAUUGUAAUUGAUCCAACUGUAUGUAGGUUACCUGUAAAUUCUAGCUUCUGAAGGUAAAGGGUUCAAAGCUUACAAAAACAAAAAAGUAGGAAUGUACGUGAGUAUUUAUUGUAUAUAAAUCUUGAAAACAUUCUUGAAGUGUUGCAAAAAAUGAAGUUGAUUUAAAUACGAUUUGAU